AUGGCGUCCGUGACUUUAGGACGACACCCGGCCCGGCACCUUCUCGACCCGGACAAGCUGUUCCUCCGCAAACAGGCGAACGAGGGCAAGACAUUCACGCGCAAAUCCUCGCGGGAGAAAAUGACACGAGAACGCGCGGCAGGCGUAGCCGCAGUGCCUGUAUCGGGGGUGCCGCUAGAUAACAGACAGCUCUCGGAUGGUGCUGCAUUAGAGAUGUGUGCUGUUACUGGUGCAGGACAGACGUGCAUGGCACCGGAGUGUCAGACGUGUACUAUCAGCCGCACUGACGGAGACAACGCAAACGCCAAUAACAACGGCGGAAUGAAAAGUUUGCCCAGACGAGGCUCAACCAAAAACGUCACCGGACAGUCCAGCAGGCGACCGAACACCAGGUCCCUGUCCGCAGACGGGGACACGCUGGAGGGACUCCAGCUCGAGCGCUUAACGCAGGGCAGACGCGGCGUCGUAAAGCUCAUGCGCACUGACCCACCAAGGCGGCAAGCAUGGUCCAUCUUCGACCAAGCUGAGUCAGGGGUGAAAGAGGAGAAAGGAGUGGGGCAUCUGUUGGCCCCCUGUAGGGUCACGCAGGACUGGUGCGACGCGUGCAGACGACUCGUCAAAACCACAGCACUCCGCUGUCAAUGUGAGUUAUGA